UCAAUGUCACCGCAUGAAAUGCAUGAGUAUGAUGUUGAGAUGUUAACUGAUGAGCCAUCAAUGUCCUCACGAUGGCCUGAAAGGAAACAGUUGUCAACAUUCUCAACAAGUUACUAUGAUGAUGAAAUGUCAGCUGAACUAUCAAUGCCCUCAUUACAGCCAGAAAGGAAACAAUUGUCAACAAGUCGCUAUGAUGAUGAGAUUUCAGCUGAGCCAUUAAUGCCCUCAUCAUGGUCAGAAAGGAAUCCAUUGUCAACAUUCUCCACAAGUCACUAUGAUGAUGAAAUGUCAGCUGAGCUG